AAAUAAGAGAGCGAAGACUUUCUUCGCAGAAAUUUCAUCGGCUGGAUUGUCGUUUGUGGCUUCCGAUCGAAGCAAAUUAGGGUUUCCUUCGAGAUUCUGUGUAAAUUUGGAAGAUUUCGUAGUUCGAAAUUGAGGGCAUCGAAGAAAUUCAUCGACUUCGAUGGGGAAGCUCUGCUGCUUUAGUUUCGAUUCCAGGGGUGUAGGAGGAAAGGAAUCAUCUUGCUCAGGUAAAGGAAAAAGCGACGAAGGGGAAAUCAAGUAUGGAUUCAGUCUGAUAAAAGGGAAAGCUAACCAUCCGAUGGAGGAUUAUCACGUUGCCAACUUUAUCAAUCUCCAAAGCCAUCAAUUAGGACUAUUUGCCAUUUUUGAUGGCCAUAUGGGGGAUAAGGUCCCCGCAUACUUGCAGAAGCAUCUCUUCUCAAAUAUCCUGAAGGAGGGAGAGUUCUGGGUUGAUCCUCGGAGAUCCAUUGCAAAAGCUUACGAGAAGACAGACCAGGCGAUUUUAUCGCAUAGUUCUGAUUUGGGUCGAGGUGGGUCAACAGCCGUGACUGCGAUAUUGAUAAACAGGAGAAAGCUGUGGGUAGCUAACGUUGGCGAUUCACGGGCAGUUAUAUGUAGAGGAGGUAAAGCAAUACAGAUGAGUACAGAUCACGAGCCCCGUGCUGAAAGGGUUAGCAUUGAGGAUAGAGGCGGAUUUGUAUCCAACCUUCCAGGAGAUGUUCCUCGGGUUAACGGGCAAUUGGCCGUAUCCCGUGCAUUUGGGGACAAGAGCCUCAAAACCCAUCUGAGUUCGGAACCUGACAUAAAGGAGGUCACUUUAGACAGCAACACAGAUAUCCUUGUUCUUGCAAGUGAUGGCCUUUGGAAGGUGAUGUCAAACGAAGAGGCGAUUGACGUGGCCAGAAGGGCGAAGGAUCCACAGAAGGCGGCGAAGGAGCUAACUGCUGAAGCAUUGAGGAGAGACAGUAAAGACGAUAUAUCUUGCAUUGUUGUUAGAUUCAGAUGACAAACUCCAGAAACAAAAACCCCCAUGUUUGAGUUGAGGAAGGCAGCAGAAUAAGAGAUUAUAUCGAGGGAUUUGACUCAUCAGAUGGGUUUUGGCAUAGGGGGUGGUUAUGGACAGAGCUUCUUGAAGAACAGAGAGUUUAUUAUAGGUAAUGUUUUGGUUCUUUUGGUGUAAAUCUUGUGCUUUUAGGGACAGACAAAGAAGAAGAAGAGACCAUGAUGGAUGGUCUGGGUGGUAUUAUUAUAUAUUGUUUGAUUUGUUUUCAUUUUUUAUUUCUGCAAUGGUUUUAAGGCAUAAUACUAGGAAGUUUGUGUAAAUGAAAAAUCUCCCCUUUGCUGGUAA